AAAGCAAGAACAGCACUGCUGGGCUGGAGACGGCGGGAGCCGCUGCUCUCCGGCUGAGGGAAUCAGAGACAGCUCCGUCCCUAGUGGAGCGCAGGGGAGGCAGGAGUCAUGACGGGCGAGGUGGGUUCUGAGGUUCACCUAGAAAUCAAUGAUCCAAAAGUCAUUUCACAAGAGGAAGCAGAUAGUCCUUCAGAUAGUGGACAGGGCAGCUAUGAAACAAUUGGACCCUUGAGUGAAGGAGAUUCAGAUGAAGAGAUAUUUGUAAGUAAGAAGGUGAAAAACAGGAAGAUUCUACAAGACAGUGAUUCUGAAACAGAGGACACAAAUGCCUCUCCAGAGAAAACUACCUAUGACAGUGCCGAGGAGGAAAAUAAAGAGAAUUUAUAUGCUGGGAAAAAUACAAAAAUCAAAAGGAUUUACAAAACUCUGGCAGACAGUGAUGAAAGUUACAUGGAAAAGUCUUUGUAUCAGGAAAAUCUUGAAGCACAAGUGAAACCUUGCUUAGAGCUGAGUCUUCAGUCUGGAAACUCUAUGGACUUUACCACUGACAGAAAGAGUUCCAAAAGGCACAUACAUGAUAAAGAAGGAACUGCAGGAAAAGCAAAAGUAAAAUCAAAAAGAAGACUUGAGAAAGAGGAGAGAAAAAUGGAAAAAAUUAGACAGCUAAAAAAGAAGGAAACAAAAAACCAGGAAGAUGAUGUAGAACAGCCAUUUAAUGACAGUGGCUGUCUUCUUGUGGAUAAAGACCUUUUUGAAACUGGGUUGGAGGAUGAAAAUAACUCUCCAUUGGAAGAUGAAGAGUCAUUAGAAUCAAUAAGAGCAGCUGUAAAAAACAAAGUAAAAAAGCACAAGAACAAAGAACCAUCUUUGGAGAGUGGGGUCUAUUCAUUUGAGGAAGAAAGUGAGUUAUCAAAAGGAACCACGAGGAAGGAAAGAAAGGCAGCCAGAUUAAGUAAAGAAGCAUUAAAACAACUGCAUAGUGAGACUCAGCGCCUUAUUCGAGAGUCUGCACUUAACCUUCCAUAUCAUAUGCCUGAGAAUAAAACCAUUCACGAUUUCUUCAAACGUAAACCCCGGCCCACUUGCCAGGGAAAUGCCAUGGCACUAUUGAAGUCAUCUAAAUAUCAGUCAAGCCAUCACAAAGAAAUCACAGACACUGCAAAUACUACUGAAAUGAACAGUGAUCACCAUAGUAAAGGUUCUGAGCAGACAACAGGUGCAGAAAAUGAAGUGGAAACUAAUGCACUCCCUGUGGUUUCAAAGGAAACCCAGAUCAUUACUGGAUCAGAUGAGUCUUGCAGGAAGGAUUUGGUAAAAAAUGAAGAGCUAGAAAUUCAGGAGAAACAGAAGCAGAGUGACAUUAGACCUUCACCUGGGGACAGCUCAGUGUUACAACAGGAAUCCAACUUCCUCGGGAACAAUCACAGUGAGGAAUGUCAGGUUGGAGGGCUUGUAGCAUUUGAACCUCAUGCCCUGGAGGGUGAAGGCCCCCAAAAUCCAGAAGAAACAGAUGAGAAAGUGGAAGAGCCUGGGCAGCAAAAUAAAUCAUCAGCAGUUGUGCCACCUGAAAAAGUGAGACGGUUUACUCUGGAUAGACUUAAGCAACUGGGAGUAGAUGUUUCCAUUAAACCACGGCUAGGUGCUGAUGAAGAUUCCUUUGUGAUACUUGAACCUGAAACCAACAGAGAACUGGAAGCCUUGAAGCAGCGUUUCUGGAAGCAUGCUAAUCCAGCAGCCAAACCCAGGGCUGGUCAGACAGUGAAUGUGAACGUCAUCGUGAAAGACAUGGGCACUGAUGGAAAGGAGGAACUAAAAGCAGAUGUGGUACCUGUGACUUUAGCACCUAAGAAGUUGGAUGGAGCAAGCCACACAAAACCAGGUGAAAAGCUUCAGGUGUUAAAAGCUAAACUGCAAGAAGCAAUGAAACUCCGAAGGUUUGAGGAGCGCCAGAAGCGCCAAGCACUGUUUAAAUUAGAUAAUGAAGAUGGGUUUGCGGAAGAGGAGGAGGAAGAGGAAGAAAUGACAGAUGAGUCUGAGGAAGAUGGAGAAGAGGAGAUAGGGAAAGAAGAGGAAGAACUAGAGGAAGAGGAAGAGAAAGAAGAGGAGGAGGAAGAAGAAGGAAAUCAGGAGACUGCAGAAUUCCUUCUUAGUAGUGAAGAAAUAGAAACCAAAGAUGAAAAAGAAAUGGAUAAAGAAAAUAAUGAUGGCAGUAGUGAAAUUGGCAAGGCAGUUGGCUUCCUCUCUGUUCCCAAGUCUCUCUCAUCAGAUUCUACUUUACUUCUAUUUAAGGACAGCUCUUCGAAGAUGGGUUACUUUCCUACUGAAGAAAAAUCAGAAACAGAUGAAAACUCAGGCAAACAGCCUAGCAAACUGGAUGAGGAUGAUUCAUGUUCCUUGCUCACAAAGGAGAGCAGCCACAAUAGCAGCUUUGAGCUGAUUGGCUCCACGAUUCCAUCCUAUCAGCCUUGCAACAGACAAACAGGCCGUGGGACCAGUUUUUUCCCUACAGCAGGAGGAUUCAGAUCUCCUUCCCCUGGGCUAUUUCGAGCCAGUUUGGUCAGCUCAGCUUCUAAGAGUUCAGGGAAACUGUCUGAGCCUUCACUUCCCGUAGAGGAUUCCCAGGAUCUGUAUAACGCCUCCCCAGAGCCUAAGUCACUUUUCCUAGGAGCAGGAGACUUCCAGUUCUGUUUAGAAGAUGACACUCAGAGCCAACUGUUGGAUGCAGAUGGGUUCUUAAAUGUUAGAAACCACAGGAAUCAGUACCAAGCUUUGAAGCCUCGAUUGCCAUUGGCCAGUAUGGAUGAGAAUGCCAUGGAUGCCAACAUGGAUGAGCUGUUGGAUUUGUGUACUGGAAAUUUUACAUCUCAGGCUGAAAAACAUCUACCCAGGAAGAGUGACAAGAAAGAGAACAUGGAGGAACUUCUGAACCUUUGUUCAGGAAAAUUCACUUCUCAGGAUGCCUCCACUCCAGCCUCAUCAGAGUUAAAUAAACAGGAGAAGGAGAGCAGCAUGGGUGAUCCAAUGGAAGAAGCACUUGCUCUUUGCUCAGGCUCUUUUCCCACAGACAAGGAAGAGGAAGACGAGGAGGAGGAAUUCGGAGACUUUCGGCUUGUUUCAAAUGAUAAUGAGUUUGAUAGUGAUGAGGAUGAACACAGUGACUCUGAUAAUGAUCUGGCACUGGAAGACCAUGAAGAUGAUGAUGAAGAAGAACUCCUGAAGCGAUCUGAGAAGUUGAAAAGGCAAAUGAGGUUGAGGAAAUACCUGGAGGAUGAGGCAGAGGUGUCAGGAAGUGAUGUGGGAAGCGAAGAUGAGUAUGAUGGGGAAGAAAUUGAUGAAUAUGAAGAGGAUGUAAUUGAUGAAGUACUUCCUUCUGAUGAGGAACUGCAGAGUCAAAUCAAGAAAAUACACAUGAAAGCUAUGUUGGAUGAUGAUAAGAGACAGCUACGUUUAUACCAAGAGAGGUACCUUGCUGAUGGGGAUCUGCACAGCGAUGGUCCUGGGCGAAUGAGGAAGUUUCGAUGGAAAAACAUAGAUGAUGCUUCCCAGAUGGACUUGUUCCACAGAGACUCUGAUGAUGAUCAGACCGAAGAACACCUUGAUGAGUCAGAAGCCAGGUGGAGGAAGGAGCGAAUUGAACGAGAACAGUGGCUUCGGGACAUGGCACAGCAGGGGAAAAUUACAGCUGAAGAAGAAGAAGAAAUUGGGGAGGACAGUCAGUUUAUGAUACUGGCCAAGAAAGUUACAGCCAAAGCACUGCAGAAGAAUGCCAGUCGCCCUAUGGUUAUUCAGGAAUCAAACUCUUUGCUCAGAAAUCCUUUUGAAGCCAUCAGACCAGGAAGUGCUCAACAGGUGAAGACAGGCUCACUGCUAAACCAGCCCAAAGCUGUGCUUCAGAAACUGGCUGCUCUCUCUGACCGUAACCCCAGUGCUCCUCGAAAUUCAAGAAACUUUGUCUUUCAUACACUUUCUCCUGUCAAGGCUGAGGCGGCAAAGGAAUCGUCGAAGUCUCAGAAGAUCCCAGAGAAGGACUCUGACUGGCUCACCUGGAGUGGAGCUCCUAUCCCUGGAUUCUUCAGGCUUUCAUUUGACCCACAUGGUUAAGCUGGGAGAGACAGAGUCCAAAGAGAGGCGGAGAAGGGCUAUUCUGGGCAGAACAAACAAUUGAUGACUUUAUGGCUCUGUGAUCUGGGCAGAACUGUGCAACCCUAGAUCACCAAAGCUGAGAGCCUUUAAGAGUGAGGAUUUGGGCCAGGCAUGGUGGCUCACGCCUGUAAUCCCAGCACUUUGGGAGGCCGAGGUGGGUGGAUCAUGAGGUCAGGAGAUCAAGACCAAUCUGACCAACAUGGUGAAACCCCAUCUCCACUAAAAAUACAAAAAUUAGCUGACGUGAUGCGUGCACCUGUAAUCCCAGCUACUCAGGAGGCUGAGGCAGGAGAAUCGCUUGAACCCGGGAGGUGGAGGUUGCGGUGAGCCGAGAUUGCGCCACUGCACUCCAGCCUAGGCGACAGAACGAGACUCUAUCUCAAAAAAAAAAAAAAAAAGUGAGGAUUUGGGUCACCCCAGGCUGAAGGCCAGGGGAACCUGAAGUGGAUAAGGGAAGGGAGAAGACUUAGGCCACAGGAUCUAAUGUAGAAAUGGGGCUGAUGUCUCCACCUGUAUUUUCUUAGCUGGAGGAGUGUGCAAAGUUUGAAUUACUUCUGCUUUCUCCUUCUUAUUUCCUUUUCCCUCUUAAAAUAGUCAUCAUAAUCAUAAAAAUUUCUUUUCCGUUUUC